UCGCCCGCUCUCGCUCCUUUCUGGUCUCUCACUUUGGGACUGCCUGUGGACGCACUCGGACCCCUCCGCUUCGUCAUCCCUCUGUCUCUGUCGCCAUGACGCUCACUCCGCCGUUGUUCCUGCUGCUGCUUGGCCUCGUCGGCGCUCAUGCCACUGUGGACCUCCGCACGGCCGCUGCCAUGGCCGCAGGUUUGUGCAACACGCGUCCCACAGACCUUGUGUUCAUCAUCGACAGCAGCCGCAGCGUUCGCCCUUCAGAGUUUGAGCAGGUCAAGGUCUUCCUGGCCAAGGUCAUUGAGGGACUGGAUGUCGGACCCAACGCCACACGUGUAGGCGUUGUCAACUACGCCAGCCGUGUCAAGAAUGAGGUGUCUCUGAAGACCCACCGCUCCAAGGCUGGGCUGGUGAAGGCUGUGACCAAGAUUGAGCCCCUUUCCACUGGAACCAUGACUGGCCUGGCCAUCCAGUUUGCCCUGAAUGUGGCCUUCAGUGAGGGCGAGGGUGCUCGCACCAAGUCCCAGGAUAUCAGCAAGGUCGCCAUUAUUGUGACUGAUGGGCGUCCCCAGGAUAAUGUGAAGGAUGUGGCUCAGCGUGCCCGUGAUGCUGGCAUUGAGAUAUUUGCCAUCGGCGUAGGCCGCGUGGAUAUGAACACCCUGAAGCAGAUGGCCAGUGAUCCCCUGGAUGAACACGUGGAUUAUGUGGAGAGCUACAGCGUCAUUGAGAAGCUCACCAAGAAAUUCCAGGAGGCCUUCUGUGUGUCAGACCUGUGUGCCACUGGGGAUCAUGACUGUGAGCAGGUAUGCAUCAGCUCUCCUGGAUCAUACAAGUGUGCCUGCAAAGAUGGCUUUACCCUCAUGGACGACGGUCGCAGCUGCAGUGCUUGCAGCAACUCGGCCACAGAUGUGGUGUUCCUCAUCGACGGCUCUAAGAGCGUGCGGCCGGAGAACUUUGAGCUGGUCAAGAAGUGGAUCAACCAGAUCGUUGACAAACUGGAUGUCGCUGACAACAAGGCCCACGUUGGACUGGUGCAGUACUCCAGCUCAGUCAAACAGGAGUUCCCUCUGGGUCGCUACAACAACAAGAAAGACCUGAAGGAGGCUGUGAAGAAGAUGGCCUACAUGGAGAGGGGAACCAUGACUGGCCAGGCUCUGAGGUACCUGACUGACAACAGCUUCACCCCCUCUCAGGGUGCUCGGCCCGGAGUCACCAAGGUGGGCAUCGUCUUCACUGAUGGACGCAGCCAGGACUACAUUGGCGAUGCCGCCAAGAAGGCCAAGGAGAACGGCUUCAAGAUGUACGCUGUUGGAGUAGGGAACGCAGUGGAGGAUGAGCUGAAGGAGAUCGCCUCUGAGCCCACCGGAGAGCACUACUUCUACACCGCCGACUUCAAGACCAUGAACCAGAUUGCCAAGAAGCUGCAGAUCAACAUCUGUCAAGAGGAGGACCCUUGUGAAUGUGACUCCCUCGUAAAGUUCCAGAAAAAAGUAGAAGAUGCCCUACAGGCACUAACAAAAAAACUAGAGAGUGUGACGAAGAGGAUCGCUGCGCUCGAGAAUAAAAUCGUCUAAGGACUCACACCCCCCUCUCUUCCCAUACACACGCCCAACCACACCCAUACACAUACCUAUACACACACACACACAUACACAAACAAUUUUUACUUCCUGUAAAAUAGUGAAGAGGAGCCUGUGUGUGUGAACCCUGACCUCUUGCUUGUAGCCCGAUCUCCCCCAGCCCGCAGAACCUCCUCCACCUUUCCUCUCUUGGUCUCACCUCUUCCAUCUUUGCUCUCCUGGGAGACGAAGUACCGGUCGCCACGGGGACCAUUCCUUUGUGUGUGUGUGUGCGCUCCUGAAGGUCAUCGUCCAUAGCCAGCCUGUGUGUUUGUUAAUAAAAGUCUUCCCUCAUAGGGAAACAGUGACGGUACACUGGAGGGUUUUCUUUGUGGCUGCCUGCGUGUAACACAGCGUAGUCUUCCUCCCCAAGAGAGUUUGUGUCUUGUCAUGUCAGAAGGAGCAGCACAUCACCCUCACUUGUGUGUUUAUCUGUCUAUCUUAUCUCUUUCCCCCACUCUCUCCCUGU